GAAAAAGCGGAAGAGGCCAAAUUGAAAUCAAGGUAUCCGUCAUUACAAAAUGCAGGCUCAUCACAGUUACUACAAAAGAGAUUGUCUAAAGGGACUAAGUACUUCGAUUCCGGUGACUAUAACAUGGCCAAAGCGAAAACAGGCGGUUCAGGUGGAAAGAUGAUUCCAGGAUCGAAACCCCCACUAUUAUUAGAGACGGGUGAAGCCAUUCCAACACCAGAAUCAGUGCCACAUAAAAAAGUUGGACCCCAACAGAGCAAGUUGGCAGGUGCUUCGUAG